AUGUCAUUGGUUUCUUAUGCAGUUGUAGAGGUGGAAAUCAAGGCCAAAGGCAACGCAAUUGCUGAUAAAAGAUUCAUUGUGCACAACACCUGUCCAGGGGACAGGGUUACAGGAGGGGUCAAGGAGACGAUUGGCGGUGUUCGAGGGGACAGUGUGGUGGUGAAUGGAGGCAGACACAGUCUGGAUCUGGUGGCCCUCAUUGCCUACUUCAAACUCAAGAAGAGGUGUCAAGGCCCCACGAUCCACCAAGCAAGACAAAGGGAGCGUUAG